AGUGUGCGAAUAAGGAGUAGGAGUGGGAAGGGGAUGUUGGGUCAGUUAAAAUGAUGGUUCCGUCAUGUCCUGGCUCUGCACAAGCAACAGUUUGUGGCUAGGCAGUGAGCUUGGGUUGGCAAGGAAGCAUUCUGACUCCACCAAAGGUAGGUCUACCCAGCACCGUGAUGGAGAUCUAUGAAUGACAGAAUUCAGUCUACAAAAGCUAGCUCAGGUUUAUUAUGUGCUAACGUGUGAGUCAAAUGAAAACCCAGUGUCUGAAGUCAAGGACUGUCUGUAGAACACCUCCUUGCUGUGAUUAUUUCAACCACGAUCAUCUUUCAGACUUAGGUUUGGAGUGUACAGGGAACUGUUAACUAAAUAUUUUGGCUUAAAUAUCGAGGGUUUUUUUGUUUGUUUUAUUAAGAACAGCAUUUAUUCACAUUUAGCAUGCUUUGUUUCGUUUGCUGCUUCUACAAAAUAGCCUAUCUUGGAGAAAUGCAAAUUUUAUAUUUCAGUUUUAUGUUUUAGAUUUUGCUAAACAUGCUGACUUUCUAGAAGCCAAAAGUAGUGCUUUGAGGGCCCUUUUGCAAACAAUGACCUCCAAGAACAUUUCCCAGUGCAUGACUCCUGAUCAGCUGAUGACAUUAUGCAAAGCAGGCAUUCAUAGUAGUAAUGUCGGGGUUAGAGUGAAUGUCGUUAGCAUUUUAGGAAUCACUGGCAGCGUCCUUGCCAAAGAAGAUGGUACACUUGAAACUCUUAAGAAUAUUGGGUGCUUUCUGCUUGAGGUUACCACCAAAGAUCCUUCCCUUGUGGCAGCAGGAGAAGCUUUGGAUGCCCUCUUUGAUGUUUUUGCAGAUGGUCAAGAAGCCGAAAGAGCCUCGAUUCAAAUUAAAUUAUUAUCUGCUCUGAAAGAAUUCCAGCCGGUCCUUAAAAUGAAGAUACGUAAAGAAGGGAGAGGUAACUAUAGCACAGAUCAGCUGUGUGUUCUUGACAAUGUGAAAAUGAAUUUGAGAAGAUUUAUUGCUUAUCAAGAAACUUGAGAAAAGACUGACUUCUUAAUCCCACAAAGAAACAGUUCUUCCCCCAAAGUAUUCAAUGCUCAGAAUACUAAAAGGUUUUCUUUGAAUGUAUUGUUUCUAAAGGUCAUCUGUUAAUGCUUACAUUCUGUACAUUCUGUAAAAACUUCAAAACCUGGCCGGACGUGGUGGCUCACGCCUGUAAUCCCAGCACUUUGGGAGGCCCAGGUGGGUGGAUCACUUGAGGUCAGGAAUUCAAGACCAGCCUGACCAACAUGGUGAACUCCAUGCAUGAGCAUGGUGGCAUAUGCCUGUAAUCCCAGCUACUCGGGAGGCUGAGGGAGGAGAAUCGGUUGAACCUGGGAGGUGGAGGUUGCAGUGAGCUGAGAUCACACUACUGCACCCCAGCCUGGGUGACAGAGGGAGACUCUGUCUCCAAAAAAAAAAAAAAAAAACUUGCAAAACUUGUCAGAAACUCUGUUGUUGGUUUUUUUGUUGUUGGUUUUUUCUUUUUGUUGCUGUUGGUUUGUUUUGAGAUGGAGUCUCACUCUGCUGCCAGGCUGUAUUACAGUGCCUCGAUCUUGGCUUACUGAAACCUCUGCCAUUCAAGAUUCAAGCGAUUCUCCUGCCUCAGCCUCCCGAGUAGCUGGGAUUACAGGCACCCACCACCACACCUGGGUUUUUUGUUGUUGUUGUUGUUUUUAAGUAGAGACUGGGUUUCACCAUGUUGGCCAGGCUGGUCUUGAAUUCCUGACCUCGAGUGAUCUGCCCGCCUUGGCCUCCCAAAAUGCUGGGAUUACAGGCUUGAGCCACUGUGCCUGGCCAGAAACUUUUUUAAGCGUUGAGAUCUGUGUGCCGUUUCUAGCACUCUAAAUUAUGUCUCUGGCAUAUUUUAAUCACUGGAAAUUCAAAGAGUGGAAGAGUGAAAGUGCAAAGGAAUCUCAGGUAGCUCUUAACUAAUUCACUAGCAGUGAAGAAACUUCAAACAAUCAUGUUUUCCUUGAAUUUUGCAAAAAAAGAAAAUCCAAAGCAUUGCUUGGAUGGUCUUUUAAGGCAUUUUAUAUCAGCUGAACCUUAAACUGAAAUAUGAAGACAAGCUUUAUAAACUAGUUUUUUUAUGUGAAGUAUACCGCUUAUGUCUACCUUUUAUGAAGAAGUGAAUGAGUUGAAUUUGUAUUUCACUUACUAGAUUAUACUAAUGAGCUAAUGGGGUCGUUGCCAUCCUCCCUACUCAUGACUUUGAUGAUUUAUUGCUGUAAUACCACUUCUUGAUUUAAUUUGAUAUGGAAUCAGAAUUGGGAGAAGGUAUUUUUAAAUAAACAACUUUUUGAUGGAAAGUUUUGUGUCUUACAAAAUCUUUUUUAAGAUACUAAAUAAAGGGUUAUUAGUAGAAGAUGAGAUGACACUAUUCCUGGAUGUUUGUUUGCUAAUCGAUAUUGCUUGGAAUAUAUGUGAGACAUUAAAAAAAUGACAGCACGACUUUGCAGUAUUACCUCUCAGUGUCUUCGAAGUACUAGGUGACAGCUGGAGCUCGAGGGAGCUUCCCUGUGCAUCAUUGUCUUGGCUGGGCCUCUGAACUGGCUUCAUUGUCCAUCCGUUUGCCUGAUAAGAAGGGAAAUUUGAAAAUUUCUUUACAGUUGAUCUCAGUUGCCCUGAUAAAAGACCCAAUCCCCAGUAUAGUACUUAAUUUUAAUUCACUGCUUCCAUAGCAGCAUAAAAUGAGCUAGUAGUGUUAGAUUUCAUCUGCACUGUGAUAUGUUUUACAGUUUUUACCUAUAUGAUAUAGAUUGUUGGGAAACCAAGAUUGCUUCCCAGCCCUAAGAGUUCCUAGCCCAUGGCACCAAGUAAAAUGACCCAAAUUGUAUAUAUGGUGGGAAAACGGAAAUCGUAUACCAUAUACAACACCUCACUUUAUUACGGUCCUUGCUCAUGAAUUUUAAGGUAUGUUUGUAUGUUUAGUGAUCAUUUCAGCUAAAUGAUUGGCCCAAGCAUGUCUCCCUGGAGAAUGGUUCUUCCCAAAAAGGAAGUAUUAGCAUUUUCUCUGCCUCAAUUAUUUAUAAAAUAUACUUAUUUUCAAGGAGAAGAAAGUUUCUCAUUCUGUUUGUUCUUCCCCACAGUUUCUGACCUAUAGACAAUCUGCAGGAUAUUUAGCACAGGACCUAGUAUAUAGUCAACUCUUGAUAAAUAUUUGUUGAGUAAAUAAAUGCGGGUGAUUUUCUCGU